AUGAGAGAGAGUCAAGAGAUAAAGACUUCUAUUUAAAUGAAAUCAGAUGUUACACCUUCCACUGAGAUGCCUUCACAUAUAGAAGCUAACUAGCACUCAAAUAAACAAAGCUUAGGGAUAGGAGAAGAAUUUUAAGUUUAUGAAGUAUAAAAAGAAAGUAAGAAUUUUAAGCAGAGGCUAGUUUAUUCAAAUUAUUAUAGCUACGUUGAUAGUGCUGUUUUACUCAGUUUCUGGCUUAUUUUCAUGUUAUUUGAUUGUUUUGACUUGCACUGCUACUAGAUGUGGAUAAUGCUCUAUUCAAUGAUGCCAGUAUUUUUCAUUUGUGACUAAGGGAUAGAAAUAUCAGAAGGUUGGAAUGAUCUCAUGAUAAUACUAUUAGCAAUUCUCUUAAUGCCAACAGCUUUGAUCAAAGACUUUAAUCGAAUAAAAGUAAAAUAUAAGCAUUUCAGAUUUCUUUAGAUACUUGCCAUACUAAUUUUUGCAACCAACAUAGUUUUGCUUAUCACAGUAGGUAUAUUUUCCUUCAUUCAGCCUGAUAAAAUGGAGUCGAAACCAGAGUCAGAGUUUAUUAACUACAAAGAACCAUGGCUAUUUAUUCCUAAAAUACAGUUUGCUUUUGAAUUCCAAGCUUAUUUUAUGAUAGUCUACCAGUAUCUUGGCACUAAAAAUCAGAAUGCACAUGGAAUGAGAGUGGCUUCAUAUAGUGCUGGCAUAAAUUUCCUGUACUGUUCUAUAUUUUGCUUUUGCGCUUUCGGAGCUCAUAAAAUUCAUUUAAAUUGCAUAGCCUCCGUCAAUUUGCUUUAUAGCUACCCAGUCUUUAAUUGGGCUAUUGAUUGGUAGCUUGUGAUUAUUUCUGUGCUACAAAUCCCUUUUAAGUUUUAUCUAGGAAAGGAGUUUGUUCUGAUUCUUUUUGAUGAGCUAAUGUACAAAUCACUCUCGUCAAAAAUUGAUGAUAUGAAGGCUCAACACAGAUCUAAGAAGGUAUUCACAGACCUUACAGUUCAUAAAGUCAGAGAGGAUCUCUAUGAUAUCAUAAGAAUGCCAUACAUGCGAUUUAGCAAGGCUCAGUAUAACAGUAUUUCAUUAGUUACUUACCUAAUAAAUUUCCUAAUGGUUUUAUUCAUAAGAGGCUACUAUCACCCUAAUUUCUAAUCGAAGAACCCCUUGUAGUACGUGGUCAGAAUUUCAGCUGCAAUUGUUUAGCCCUUGAUGAUAUUUGUUUUCCCAGGCUUUCUAUACAAAUAAACUUGUGAUCUUUAUGAUAUAAAAUGCAGAUUCAAGUUCUUGCUAAUACCUUUUGGCAUAAUAGGCUUUCUACUCAUCAUAAUAAAUGUAACCCUAGUCAUCUAUGAAAUGGUAAUUCUUAUAAGUUUGUGA